CUCAUUUCUUCAACUUCAAUCUCAACUAACUAAGAUCUUAUUUUAGUGCUUCAACAGAGAUUUUUAAUUCAGUUUUUGUUCUCUGGCAUCGCGUUGUGUUUAGAUCUUUUGAUUUCCAAGAAGAAUUUGAAAAGAAAAAAGAUGGUGGGUAUAUUGGUUGCUCGCAGUGGUCGGCAGUUGCAGCGUUACAACAAAGGUCAACGUAUUGUUGUUGGAUGCAUACCUUACAGAUUGAAAGGUGGUAUGAAAGCAUCAAGCAAGAAUAUAGAAGAUGCACUCGAGGUGCUUGUGAUAAGUACUCAAAGAAAAGGCAAAGGAGUGUUGUUCCCUAAGGGAGGUUGGGAAUUGGAUGAAUCGAUCCAAGAUGCUGCCCGAAGAGAAACAAUGGAAGAAGCCGGAGUAUUAGGAACUGUUGAGAGUGAAUUGGGUAAAUGGUGCUUCAAGAGCAAAGGCAAUGAUGCAUUGUAUGAAGGGCACAUGUUCCCUUUACUUGUGAAGGAACAACUCGAUCUAUGGCCUGAGAAAGACAUACGCCAAAGAUAUUGGGUGAGUGUAUCUAAAGUUAAAGAACAAUGCCCAUAUGUUUGGAUGAAAGAAGCACUAGACAUGCUAGUGACAAGACUCAAGUCAACUCCACUCAAGAUGGAGGAUUUGAGUUAUUGAUUAAAGCACCCUGACUUAAAUUUGUAAAUAGAAAGAUAAUUGAAGAUGAAGUGCUUUAAAGUGAUUAAAGAUUAAAGAUUGCACUUUUUGAUCAAAAGAUGGACUUAAUCGAAGGUGAAAAAGCUUUUGGUUAUAAUCACAAGCACUUGCAGUUCAAGAAACCGAAGAAGAUGAAACAAAUAAUCAAAAGCCAGGAAUGGAAUGUGUAAUUCCCACAACUUGUGUUUCAAUUCUUCCUUUUUUUCAUAGCCUUGAAGCCACCGGUGAGGUUAUGGUUUUAUGGGACACAAGUCGCGGGAAUUGCUUGGACACAAGACGGAAUCCACUGUUCCGAACCUUUUCUUUUUUCGGGAAUUCUUGUUACCCUGGAAUGGAAUUGCUCAGUUGAAUUUUUUUUACAUGGGUGUGUACACCAUGGUUCAUCAUCAAUUGAAAGGUUCCUUCAAUGGCAAAUGGAAUUAGACAAUUAGUUGUCAUGUUGUAUUGUUUUCUUGGUUGUUUCCUGUGGAUGUAUGUAGGUUGGUUCUUAUUGUAAAAUCAAGGUUUCCAAGAAAUUAAGCACAACUAAGUAGGGUUAGUUGUGUUAGCCAUGUAUAUGAACUUAUGUUAUCAAUGAAUUUAGAUGGCUUGACAA